AAAGAAGAGUAAUUCAAAACGAAGCGCCCAAGCCCAACUUUACUGAAAAUUCAAGAAACAACUAACCCAAGCAACCAAGCCCCAUUAUUUGAUAAAUACUCUUCGGAUCGGCCCGUUGAUUUCACUCAUCAGACCACCGGCGGCAUUGCCUAUUUCCGGCCGCCGUAAUCUGCAAAUACGUCGCCGGUCGAUCUGUAAACACUUAUCAAGCAGCACCAAAAGGAGAGCUGGAGUCCGUACAAGAGUCUCAGUCCCUGAAGCCUCCUUCAACCUCCGCCGGAACCGGUCAGAUCCGGUACCGAUCGCCGUCCGCUGCUGAACUCGUCGACGUUCAGUCUCAGUCUCAACUCGCUGACAAAACUAUGAAGCGCAAUCGCCAGUCGUUUUCGGAUAAGUUUCAUAGAAACCGAGGCUUAAUUCUAGUCAUUUCGGUGCCUCUAGUUUUAGUUACAUUCGUUUUGUUUGUUAUGCCUACUCGUGACGACGCCGUUCCGUUGAAUCGCAAAAUUUCGCCUAGUUCUGGCGGGGAUUACAAGUACGCUGUCAUUUUCGAUGCCGGUAGCUCCGGUAGCAGAGUUCACGUGUUCUGUUUUGAUAAGCAUUUGGAUCUGGUUCCUAUUGGCAAUGAGCUUGAGCUUUUCAUACAGAAAAAGCCAGGGUUGAGUGCAUAUCCAACUGAUCCAAAGGCUGCAGCACUCUCUCUACAAUCCCUUUUGGAGAAAGCUGAGGCUGUUGUUCCUCCUGAGCUGCGGUCUAAAACAGCAGUCAAAGUUGGGGCGACAGCAGGUCUACGACAAUUGGGAGUUGAGGCAUCUGACAAAAUCUUGCAAUCGGUUAGAGAUUAUCUCAAGGAUGGCAGCAACCUCAAAGCCAAAUCUGAUUGGGUGACUGUUCUUGAUGGAUCACAGGAGGGUGCUUAUCAGUGGGUGACCCUAAACUAUUUGUUAGGACGCUUAGGGAAAAAAUAUUCGGAUACUGUUGGAGUAGUUGACCUUGGAGGUGGAUCUGUUCAGAUGGCAUAUGCGAUCUCAGAGAGCGAUGCUGCCAAGGCUCCAAAAGCAACAAGUGGAGAGGAUUCAUAUGUGAAGGAGAUGUUCCUGAAGGGAACAAAAUAUUACCUUUAUGUUCACAGUUACUUGCACUAUGGUUUAUUGGCAGCUCGAGCUGAGAUAUUAAAAGUUACUGAAGAUUCUGGAAGCCCGUGCAUUGUGCCAGGCUUUGAUGGGACUUACAAAUACGGAGGAGCGGUUUACAAAGCAUCACAUUCUCCAUCGGGUUCGAGUAUGCAAAAGUGCAGAGAAGUAGCUACAAAGGCCCUUAAAGUAAACGAGUCUGUAUGUACCCAUAUGAAAUGCACAUUUGGUGGGGUGUGGAAUGGUGGAGGUGGUGACGGACAGAAGAAUCUUUUUGUUGCAUCAUUUUUCUUUGAUAGGGCUGCUGAGGCUGGUUUUAUCGAUAAAGAACUGCCGGUUGUCAAAGUCCGUCCUGUAGAUUUUGAGAAUGCUGCUAAGCGUGCUUGUGAAACAAGUCUUAAGGAGGCCAAAUCAACGUACCCUAAAGUAGAGGCGGAUAAUCUGCCAUACUUGUGUAUGGACCUUGUCUAUCAGUUCACAUUGCUGGUAGAUGGAUUUGCCUUGGAUCCGUGGCAAGAGAUUACAUUGGUGAAGCAAGUCAAAUACCAAAAUUCUCUAGUUGAAGCAGCAUGGCCAUUAGGCAGUGCAAUUGAUGUAGUCUCAUCAUCAUAGCAACUCAAACUUCUGUAGCAUUAUCCACAAUGGGACUGCAGUAGUGGUCUAACGUCCAAUUGCUACUGCAGUUCUCAAAUCCGGCUAUCAUAUGCUUAAAGCUCUCGAGCCCGAGCAGAGAAAUUGAUUCACUUUGUUUUUGUCCCAUAUUUGAGUCGAUAGUUCAUAUUUUCGGUUGUGUCAAAAAUAAUGAUAAUCCAAAGUUCCGUAAAUCUUCUUCUGUAAUUAGUAUAGCAAAUUAUGCUGAUUUAAGACUUUAUGAAGUACUUAUUGAAAUUAAUUGGUUCUGUUCGCCA